GUGUGUGUGUGUGAUAGAGAGAAUGAGUGUAUGCUGUGAAGACAGGAAUAAAUACCUCCUAAGGUCUUAAAAUUAACCUCAAGGGAAAGGAAAAAGCUGAAUUCCCCGGGGGGAUUAUCACUGUUGAUCUGCAGGCUAAUUUGCAUGAUAUAGGUGUUGCAUGGUUCAUCAAUCAAAACUAUUAAAAUUAAAAAAAAAGAGAGCGCAGAUGCAUAAAAUCUAUCCUGGCCUGGUUCCAAAGAGAGUGCGAUUCAUCCCACCUCGUGCGCGGGUGAGCACGGGCAGCGCAGGCCUCCCUGCGCGCGCACACCCGUGUGCUGGGCCGCUCCGGGGCAGGGCUCCUGCGUCCCCGCUCGCUCGCUUACCCCUCGGACGAGGCUGACAAGAGCACAUACCCCGCAGGGUCCAUGUGAGGACUCCGUGAGUUAGUACAUGCGAGGCUGUAAACAACGUCUACAUCGGGCAAGUGCCUGAGUAAUGUCGAUUCUGAGGCCAAUAAGGCAGGAGGAGAAGGAGGAGGCAGCUUUUCUUUUGACCAGAUAGUCAAGCCUUUGGCUAUACCCUCCUGACGUGCCGCCUUGGGAAAACGUAGUUCGCUCCAACUGCCUACUGACGGCACAGCAGGGAGCGAGACCGUGGGCGGGACGGAGGGUGAGCCAGACCCACGAAGCUGGGGCAGCCCCAGGGCCUGCCUGUCCUUCGGAUGACCGCUGGCUCCCGAGAAGAGAAAGCUCUCUGAGGACCAGGUCCCCUGGGGAGGAAACCAGCUUGGGUAUUCCGACAUCUUCCAGUGCUUCUCAGCUGUGUGUGAGGACGGUUUUCCUCAGAGGAGCCCCAGAUUUUAUCAAAGAGAAAUAUUUCUUUUUUCUUCAAAAUGAAAAUGGACUUGGAGGUCAGUGAACCAAUAGACUUUAGUUCUGGCGAUCAUCAACAUCUGGUUCGGAAAGCAGCAGAUAGUAACACCCAGAUCAAGUCUGGUCAGACCUACACAACUUCACCUUCUGAGCCACAAAAAACUCACAGGAAUACACAUUCAAAGACCAGAGAGCGAGCAGAUACCUAUGUGGUACAAAUUUCAGAUGAAACUACCCCAAAUGACAGCAGUAAUUUAGCCAAUCCGUUCUCAGAUGCAUCGGUCCGCAGAGCUUUCAUUAUCAAAGUGUUCCUGAUCCUGUCAGCUCAGUUGGUGGUCACUGGGGCAAUCGUCAGCAUGUUUAUUUUCUGGAAGAGCUUAAAAGCUUGGGUGCUCGUGAAUGCCUGGUUCACCUAUGCAAUCUUGCCGGCGUUUUUUGUUGUACUAAUCGUCCUUGCUUGCUGCGGGAAACUCCGCCGCAAGGUGCCUGCGAAUUACAUUCUCCUGGGGUUUUUUACAGUUCUUCAAGGUCUGCUGCUCGGGGCCGUAUCUGUUUUCUAUAAUGCUGAGGAAGUGUUAUGGGCAACAGCAGCCACCGCUCUGGUGACGUUAUCGCUCACCUUAUUUGCUCUUCAAACAAAAUGGGAUUUCACCAUGCUGAAUGGAAUGCUCUUUGUUUUACUGUUCGUACUUAUUAUCUAUGGAAUUCUCUUACUCUUCAUACGAUCAUAUUGGUUGCAUCUCUUGUAUGCUGGCCUCGGGACUAUAGUCUUCUCACUUUACUUGGUGAUGGAUGUACAGCUCAUGGUGGGAGGGCGCCACCAUCACUCUGAUCUGGACCCUGAAGAGUAUGUUUUUGCUGCCCUGAACAUCUACUUGGACAUCAUCAACCUUUUCCUUUUUAUUUUGCAACUGAUUGGACUGGCACGGUAGUCAUAUGGCCAAGACUGGUUCGUGUUGAAAAGAGGGAAGGAGGGAUGCCUAUGACAUGUUGCCAGGCUCAGACAUGUGGAGGUUACCACUUCAUAAGCCUUUUAUUAAAAAAAUAUUUUAAAAUGCUUAUUUUUUUGUCAAAUGAAACCAAGCAUUCAGUAGAUGGUAGCUGUAGCUGUGAUAUUUUUAGUUCCAUUGUCACACUGCAAAACUUUCUGGGGGACACUUCUGAUUUUUAUAAAUUCAAAAGAUGAGUAUCAUACUUACGUACUAACAAACACUUGUAAGAUGUCCAUAACAUUGUUUAAGUUUUCCAGGCAGUCUUUAAAGUUGUAAACAACAUCUCUGUACAUGAAUAAAUUUGA